AUGAUCUCUAAAUUUUGGUGGAAGAAUUUAGAGUAUUGCAAAGGUAUUAGCUGGGCAAAGUGGGAGCAUCUGUGUUUUGCAAGGGAUGAAGGUGGAUUGGCUAGUAAAGGAAGAGCAUCUUCUUAUGUUUGGAGAUCUUUGAUUUGGGGUCGUGAAUUGCUCUUGAAUGGGAUAAGGAAGAGGAUUAGAGAUGGACAAGAUAAUCUAGUUUAUGGAGAUGCAUGGAUUCCUAGACCUAAUUCUUUCCGCCCCUUUUUCCCUCAAGUGCUGGAUCAAGAAACUAAAAUGUUAAGGCCAUUACCUGUAUCCCUUAAGUGUUAA